AUGAUGUUUCAACCACAACAAGAUGAAGAGGUUCCAUCCUGCCACCCACGCAGCGAGCCACCCAUCGACCACCCAGCCAGCGAGAGCCACCCAACCAGCAGCCACUUAGCCACCCAGCAAGCCACUCAUGAAGCCACCCAGCCAGCGAGCCACCCAACCAGCAGCCACUUAGCCACCCAGGCACACUCACGAAGCUACCCAGCCAGCGAGCCCCCAACCAGCAGCCACUUAGCCACCCAGCAAGCCACUCAAGGAAGCCACCCAGCCACCCACGCAGAGCCACCCAACCAGCAGCCACACUUAGCCCCAGCAAGCUACAAGGAAGCCACCCAGCCAGUGAGCCACCCAGCCAGCGAACCAUCCACCCAGCCAGUGAGCCACCCAGCCAGUGAGCCACCAGCCAGUGAGCCACCCAGCCAGCGAACCAUCCACCCAGCCAGUGAGCCACCCAGCCAGUGA